GAACUACAGGAGCAGCUCUGUUCUGCAGAGUUAUAAUACAGGUGGUACAGAUGAACUACAGGGGCAGCUCUCUACUGCAGAGAGUUAUAAUACAGGUGGUACAGAUGAACUACAGGAGCAGCUCUGUACUGCAGAGAGUUAUAAUACAGGUGGUACAGAUGAACUACAGGAGCAGCUCUCUACUGCAGAGAGUUAUAAUACAGGUGGUACAGAUGAACUACAGGAGCAGCUCUCUACUGCAGAGAGUUAUAAUACAGGUGGUACAGAUGAACUACAGGAGCAGCUCUGUACUGCAGAGAGUUAUAAUACAGGUGGUACAGAUGAACUACAGGAGCAGCUCUGUACUGCAGAGAGUUAUAAAACAGGUGGUACAGAUGAACUACAGGAGCAGCUCUGUACUGCAGAGAGUUAUAAUACAGGUGGUACAGAUGAACUACAGGAGCAGCUCUGUACUGCAGAGAGUUAUAAAACAGGUGGUACAGAUGAACUACAGGGGCAGCUCUCUACUGCAGAGAGUUAGAAUACAGGUGGUACAGAUGAACUACAGGAUCAGCUCUGUUCUGCAGAGAGUUAUAAUACAGGUGGUACAGAUGAACUACAGGAGCAGCUCUCUACUGCAGAGAGUUAUAAUACAGGUGGUACAGAUGAACUACAGGAGCAGCUCUCUACUGCAGAGAGUUAUAAUACAGGUGGUACAGAUGAACUACAGGAGCAGCUCUCUACUGCAGAGAGUUAUAAUACAGGUGGUACAGAUGAACUACAGGAGCAGCUCUCUACUGCAGAGAGUUAUAAUACAGGUGGUACAGAUGAACUACAGGAGCAGCUCUCUACUGCAGAGAGUUAUAAUACAGGUGGUACAGAUGAACUACAGGAGCAGCUCUCUACUGCAGAGAGUUAUAAUACAGGUGGUACAGAUGAACUACAGGAGCAGCUCUCUACUGCAGAGUUAUAAUACAGGUAGGAGACACACACAACACUAAUGACUGUGGGUA